GCUAUGAAUAUAUGUAAUCAAUGGGGUAGGUGGAGCUUCCUGUCAGCCAUGUUGAGUAUGGACAAUGAUUGGCUUGAUAAAAUCCUGUACAGUCUAGAUGAAAUACAUUACAAGGGUCCAUUGCUGAAGGAGGUGGAAGGGAAGGAGGGAACUCAAACUGGUCUAGAGGUAGCCAUUGCCAGUGGGUUAAAGGACAGGAAUUAUGUACAUCUGAUAAUGUGUUUAACAUCAGAACUGAAGGAAUCACUUAAACUGAAUGAGACUGUCACUGAACCAUCCGAUCCUGAUGAUUCUGACUCAUUUCAUCUUGAGUUAAGGUUGUUCCUCAAUGAAUUAAAUUGCGACCAUGAGACACUGAUAACUGAUCCAGCUGCUUUUAAUGAGCCUCGGAACAGACUCAUUCUGAUUGAUUAUUUAUUAACUGAGCUGAUGACUGCUCGGCUGUUGAAAGUAAAAAUAGAAGAAUCUUUUGAAUAUAAAAGAAAUAACUGUGAAGUAAGAAGGGCUGAGAGCUACCAGUUGAAAGUAGAAAUAGAAGAAUCUACCAAAUAUAAAAGAAAUAAUUUUGAAUCUAAUCCUUACGAUGUCCAAUCUAAUCUGUUGGCCAUUUUGAAUGUUUUUGGCAUUGAUAUUCCACCUCCUUAUGUCACGCCCACCAUGAUACUUAAUAAAAUAAUUAAAAAAAGUCAAGAACGCAUUUCAAAGGCCCCAGUUGGGUACAUUGGUAAACCACUGGUAUUACAACGACUGAGCGCUAAACAAUGGGGGACAUUGGACCAUAUCAACGAGGCUUUGUUGAAAGAGUAUUCUGUUAGGAGACAGAUGUUAUUGACAAGGUGCAGCGUAACUGUCCAAUCAUUUAAAUGGUCUGAUAGAACCAAAGGUAAGGAUGAGUCAUUUACUAGGGUGUGUCAGUCAAAAUGGACUCCAUUGAAAGAAAAGGCCCCAAUAAUAAUAGCAAGAGUAUUAGCUGCUAAAAACGAGUUAUUGAGUAUUGAGAAGACCAGUAGUGGCUCUGUUAGACAGAGCACAGCCUCUGAUAUUAACAAGGUUUUGAUUGGUUCCGUUCCUGACAGAGGGGGCAAACUUAAUGAGACAUGCCUACCACCUGAAAUGCCUUUGUUUAAGCAACGGACUGAAGGACCAAGUAAAAAGAGAGGUGGAGUGUCUAUGAUGGCAUGGUUCUCAAAAGAUGAGCUUUCGUUCGUUAAAGAAGUACCCGAUCAAAUUGAAAUAGAGUGUCCAGUUUGUCUUCAUAUCUUGAAAGAUCCUCAUCAGGUGAGCUGCUGUGGUAAAAAUUUCUGCAAGUCUUGUAUUGAGCGAAUAAAAGCUAGUAAUGGAUCCUGUCCUAUGUGUAAAGAGGAGAAGUAUCAAUCCUUUGAAGAUAAAAAUAUCGGUCGAAUCAUUAAUGGAUUACAAGUCUAUUGUACUAAUAUGAUGGAAGGAUGUCAAUGGAAAGGAGAUUUGAAGAAUAUGUCUAGUCACCUUAGUAAAGAGAUGAGAGAAGGAAAAUGUCAAUUUGAACAGGUCAAAUGUCGAUAUGACGAUUGUCAAAUAAGAGAUCAGCGUUUACAUCUUAACAUUCACGAGAAGGAGGGAUGUGACCAACGACCAGACAUAUGUGAGCACUGCUAUGUAAGAGGCACGUAUUUCUUCAUUACCUUCUUGCAUAUGGAAUUUUGCUCAAAGUAUCCUACUACAUGUCCAAACGAUUGUGCACAUUCUGCUAUGCCUCGAGAACGUAUUCUUCAUCAUUUAACACAGUGUCCAUUAGAGCCAGUAGAUUGUGUGUUUAGUUGGGCUGGUUGUGACGAUAAGCCAUUACGUAAAGAUGUACAUGUACACACUGCUGAUACUAAACACAUGACGCUGUUAGCUGUAGCUUGUGGACAAUUAAAGAAAGAAAAUGGACAAAUGAAAGAAGAAAAUGAACAAAUAAAAGAAGAAAAUGAGAAAAUAAGAGAGGAAAACGAGAAAGUAAGAGAAGAAAUGAUGAAACAAAACAAAGAAUUGAAAGAAAUGAAUGCUCGAACAUUAUCUUACAUUGCUGUCAUGGAUUGUGAUAGAUAUCCUCUUCUACCAAUUACGCUUUAUAGAACAAGUGAUCCUGUCCCUGUUCACUUUUAUACUGAGAUUGGUGGCCAUCACAUGUCAGCCACCGUACUUCAACCAAGACUCUACCUUGCGUUUCAUCAUGGAAAGUUUGAUAAAGUCGCUGCAUUUUCCCAGCCUAAAAUUCUAGUCAAAUAUGAUAGUGAUGAUGCACAGCCUGUACAGAUAAAGUCGUAUAGAAAAGUAAAUGAUGAUAUUCCCACACAGGCAGUAACGGAACCGUCAAAAAUACAAGAUGAUGGACUAACUUCUAUAAAUAUUUUUGAUUUCAUCAGCAUUAACAUUACACUUACUUUUUCUAAUGAAGUCACUGUGAGUCUGUGACAAUGAUGCCAUCCAUGCCUGACUGACGUCAGGGCAUGGUGAAGGAGCGUAGUCCCUCAUUGUUUUAGUUACACUGUACAUUAGUAUUUUUUAGUAUCAUGUGUGCUUAUUUUUGUUUUGUUUUUUUUAAUUUUAUUAGAGAGUACCAAUAAUUUGAACAGUUUUGGCUGAUGUACAUGUAUGUAAUUAAUUGCUGAUUAAAUAAUCCUUUUUGCAU